AUGCCGCCUGUAGAGGAGGGCUCCAAUCGCUUAGUCGAUCUCAGCGAAUCGCACUAUUGUCGCCGACAGCAGCGCAGCAUGGAGGGCGAAGGAGACAGCCGCGUGCACUUCUCCGAGGUGAGCGACCCGUGGUCCAGCACGCGGCACGUGGCGGUGCUGCAGGCGCUGAACGUGGUCGAAAAGAAACUGGUAACGGCGGUGCGCACGGCGGCCACCGCCAUGUCGCUCAUGGCGCCGCGCGUGUCCUCGGAAGAGAGCUCGUCGCUAGCCUUCAACGCGGCCUGCACCGAGUUCCUGCAGCUGGUCAAGGAGAUCCACACGGAGCUGGCCAACCACAUCCACCUGGUCUCGGACUACCGCACCUUUACGCGCAGCACCUACGGCGCCGAGAAGGACGUGGAGAUCUGCCGCGAUAAGGUCAAGAUCGUGUCCGAGCAGUUGCAGGCGCUCUCGCGCUUCCUCGAGGACCACUACACGCCCGAGGAGAGCCUGAGUUGA